UCCACGCAGCGAGCGCAGGAAUAAAGACAACAACUGAGACUGGCCUUUUACGUGGAUCCUCUAGCAGCUAAAGGAACAGAAUGGAUGAAUUAAAAACGCCUCGUUCUGUGAGCUUCGUUACUGCCUAGUGAACGCAACUCAGUUCUAGGUUCGUCAACAGGCCGACUGGAAACUACUUGGCUGACUAAUUCCUAACGGGCUCGCUCGCAUUAGCUAGCCACGCUAGCGUAAUUGGUUACAAUGUAUCUAUACGAAUUCGAGUGAUAUUCGAGCCGGCGUUACAUUGUUUAACAUCACUGCUACUUGCACUCUCUUUGAAAACAGGUCUUAUCGACUCUUUGACGACUUUCAGAGGAUCUUAACUUAUCCCUGGCGUUCAUAACGUGCAGAUAAAGCCCGUCUGACCGAACGAAGAGCCCUUGUGUCCCCACCCCACCCCACCCCACCCCACCGGGCGAUGUCCACCAUGGUCUACCCACGCGAGGAGUCCCUGGAGCGGCUGAGCCAGGACGAGAUCGUGCUCAACACCAAGGCGGUGAUGCAGGGCCUGGAGACGCUGCGCGGCGAGCACAACCAGCUGCUGGGCUCCAUGCUGGACUGCGCCCAGCUGCCCGCCGCCACCCAGGAGAAGUCCGGCCUGCUGCGCAAGAGCCUGGAGGCCAUCGAGCUGGGCCUCGGCGAGGCACAGGUGAUCAUCGCGCUGUCCAGCCACCUGAGCGCGGUGGAGUCGGAGAAGCAGAAGCUGCGGGCGCAGGUGCGGCGCCUGUGCCAGGAGAACCAGUGGCUGCGCGACGAGCUGGCGGGCACCCAGCAGAAGCUGCAGCGCAGCGAGCAGAGCGUGGCCCAGCUGGAGGAGGAGAAGAAGCACCUGGAGUUCAUGAACCAGAUCAAGAAGCUGGACGAGGACGCCUCGCCCUGCUGCGAGGAGAAGGCCAGCGAGAACAGCAAGGACAACCUGGACGACCUCUUCCCCAACGACGACGAGCAGGGGCCCAACCAGCCGAGCGGCGAGGUGGCGGCUCAGCAGGGCGGCUACGAGAUCCCGGCGCGCCUGCGGACGCUGCACAACCUGGUGAUCCAGUACGCCUCGCAGGGCCGCUACGAGGUGGCCGUGCCGCUGUGCAAGCAGGCGCUGGAGGACCUGGAGAAGACCUCCGGACACGACCACCCCGACGUGGCCACCAUGCUCAACAUCCUGGCCCUGGUCUACAGAGACCAGAACAAGUACAAAGAGGCCGCCCACCUGCUCAACGACGCGCUGGCCAUCCGCGAGAAGACCCUGGGCCGAGACCACCCCGCCGUGGCCGCUACCCUCAACAACCUGGCCGUGCUCUACGGCAAGAGGGGCAAGUACAAGGAGGCCGAGCCCCUCUGCAAGAGGGCCCUGGAGAUCCGUGAGAAGGUCUUGGGGAAGUACCACCCUGACGUGGCCAAGCAGCUGAACAACCUGGCGCUGCUGUGCCAGAACCAGGGCAAGUAUGAGGAGGUGGAGUACUACUACCGCCGCGCCCUGGAGAUCUACGAGAGCAAGCUGGGCGCCGACGACCCGAACGUGGCCAAGACCAAGAACAACCUGGCCACCUGCUAUCUGAAACAGAGCAAGUUCAAGGAUGCUGAAUGUCUGUAUAAGGAGAUUCUGACCCGUGCUCACGAGAAGGAGUUUGGAUCUGUCAACAAUGACAACAAGCCCAUCUGGAUGCAUGCGGAGGAGAGGGAGGAGACCAAGGGCAAGAGGAAGGAUUCUGGGCCCUAUGGAGAGUAUGGCAGCUGGUAUAAAGCCUGCAAGGUUGACAGAAGUCCCACGGUCAAUACCACCCUGAAGAGCCUGGGGGCGCUGUACCGGCGUCAGGGCAAGCUGGAGGCCGCUGAGACUCUGGAGGAGUGCGCUACCAAGAACCGCAAGCAGGUACGAGGCAUCGAUGCCAUAAACCAGAGUAAGGUGGUGGAGCUGCUGAAGGACGGUGGCCUGAGCGGGGCGGAGCGGCGGCAGAGCCGUGACGGACUCAACGGCCCCGGGGGCCAGCGGGGGGACUGCGAGGGAGACGAGGCCGAGUGGAACGGGGAUGGUAGUGGUUCCCUGCGCCGCAGUGGCUCCUUCGGGAAGAUCCGCGACGCCUUGCGACGCAGCAGUGAGAUGCUGGUCAAGAAGCUACAGGGCAGCGGCCCUCAGGAGCCUCGCAACCCUGUUAUGAAGAGAGCCAGCUCCCUCAACUUCCUCAACAAGAGUGCUGAGGACCAAUCACAGGACGCCAAUGCCGGCCUAUCAGAAUCCAGAGGCCUGAGCGCCAGCAACGUGGACCUGACUCGGCGUAGCUCUCUGGUUGGCUAAACCUGUAGCUUUGGGGGCGGGACGAGGGGCGGGCCCAACGUAAGAGACCCAAUCAGGACAGGCUGUCAGCUACCAAUUUGUCAUGAUAAGUUUAUGCCCACAAAAAUGAUGUUCUUACUCGAGAUUCCUUUUUCUUUCUUUUUUUUUUUUUUUAGAAAAAUUAAGAUGAUCAAAACCACAACAAACAAAAAAAGAGUCGCUGGGAAAAUGAACACCCUUCUGUUUUGACACAGCUCUUGGGACGCAACAGAGCUGUCUGCUUAUGCUGUAAAUGAUGCUCAUAUCAUGCAAAAUUAACUUAUCAAACAUACUGUAUAUUUAGAUAGAUUACAACAGAGACACUUUAGCAUGCUGCUUACUAGACCUGAACUGGAGAGCGGAGGAUGUCUGUACUUAGUGACAUCUAGUGGCUAUUUAGAGGUACUACAGGUUGGCAAAAUCGUGAGCGCAUGGUACAGAUAUAGCCGUACACACAAAUGCACACACACACACACACACACACACACACACACACACACACACACACACACACACACACACACACACACACCAUACUCUCAAGCUGAGUUACUUGGUAACAGUCAGGGUUUCCAUGACGAUGACAGGAGGGGGGAGUCGCUUCUCACCAGUGGCAUGAUCCAUGCUGCAUGCCUAAAUCUCCCAUUCCAUGGAACUCACUGCACUAGCAUGCUAUUGCUGAUAAACACCUCCAUCUCACAAAAACAAAGAUGGGAGAGUAGAGACACACCCUCUGGAGGUAUUGGGAGAGGUGAAAGGUCAAACGUAAAGGCCCACUUUAUUGCAUUAUCGUGAUCACCAUUAUUAUUAUUAUUAUUAUUAAUAUUAUUAAGAAAGGAUUUUAAAAAGCGACAGCAGUACUGAAUUUGGUCUGCACCUCACGUUUUGCCUUCUGGUUUGUAUGUAUAUACGGUUUUAAAUUAUUGACUUGGGGGGUUUGUUUGUUUGUGUUUUUGUUUUGUUCUGUUUGUUUGUAAAUAGUGCACAGGGAUUUUGUUUACAAUUGUAGAGAUUAGGGGAUGUCACUGGAAUUUGAAAAAGAAAAAAAGAUAAUAAAUAAACAAACAGACGGGAGGGGGGGGCUGAAUGGGCGGAAAAAAACGACAAGAGUGAAGGACAGAUGGCAACAUGAUGAGUGUUUUGGUGUGGCUCAGUUGCAGUUGCUCCCUCAGCCACUUAACUACACACUCAUUCACUCACACACACACACACACACACACACACGCACACACAAGCACAGACACACACAUGCACGCACACUCACUCACCAAAAAGUGUGUCGUUCUGUGUGCACUAAUCUGAAAGCUGAGCUGUUGGCUCCCACCACACACUCAAUUUGUUGCUGUUGGUCGUGAUGUCUCGUUUGAUAUCUUUUUGGUACGACGUGUAUAUAAAAAUGAAGAAGAGAGAAAAAAAAAAACACGACCUCACGCUGACUGGAAUGUUUCGUUCUGUGCUGCAUUUGUUUCUCUCUUGCUCCUCGGAGGGGUGGGAGAGAGGGUAGAAGGAAUAAUUGAACACUUCAACAAUUUUGUAGCCAUUUUUUUUGCUGUGUAGUAGUCACAGGGCAUUUAGAUGCCGACAUUGACCGACUGAACUGGAUGAGUUGCAGAUUUUAUUGCUCCAAAAAAGAAAAGAACAAAGACUGGAAAUGGAGUCCAAACUCGUACUCGGAUCAUGCUGUUCCUACUUGUCCUUGUGCAAUUUUUUUAUUAUUAUUAUUUGACCCUCGUGUCAUUCUCCCAUUCCUGUCCUGUCAUCUCAUCUGCUUGUCAUUUUGUUGCCUGCACUUACAUUGGCAAACAGUAGGGGGCGUUCUCAACCUCCCCUCAACAGGCAAACUGCCUUUGGGCUGGUCUUGUACUCCCCUGCAUCUCUCUGUGUUCCUCACAGACAGACAGGUGGAGAUGUGACCUACUGAAUGAAAAGAAGCGUUGAAUGUUAAUGAUUGGUUUGAUUUGAGAGCAGUUGAACUGUUCUGAGAAGGGACACGAGGAGGUAGAGUCAUAGCCUGAGGAAGCUAGAGAUGGGGAGAGAGAGAGAGAGAAAGAGAGAGCGAGAGAGAAUGAUGUGGGGAAAACGGAAAAAGGUUUGUAAAACGAGCAGUUCAGCCAGACUGCUUAGGGUAGAGAGAAGGGGGAGAGCUGAGCUCACCCCGCAGGUGUGGCUGCAGACGUCUCGGCUGGAGACGAUGCUUAUGGAACUGGCCCUUGGGGCCGACACCGGAACGGAUGCGGGCCGCAUCUUACUCGGAGCCACCCUCAGGGAAGGGUGUGCUCAUCCGUGUGGGAAAGGGACUUGACUGGAUUAUAGCCACAGCUAGCAGAUGGGUGUUGUUGGGCUGAUGUUCCACAACAAGUUCAAACCAUAUACAUAAUAUGAUCCCUAUAAUAUGGAAGAAAGAAAUGCUUGUGAAAACCAGUGUGGGUUUGAUAAAUGAUGAAAUGAUGAAAGAGUACGGGGAGAGGAGCAGAAGGAAUGGGGAACAAAGGGAUGAAAAGGGAAGAAAUGUGGAUAGAGAGAAAGAUGGAGUGACGACGAGCCAGAAAAGAAUGCGGUCACAGUUCAAUGUGUAUUAAAAAAAGAAAGUCACUUAAAUGUAUCUCUGUCUCUCACACAUGCAUAUAUACAGUAGGCUUCAGACAGCCACAGGCUGGGUGUGAACAGGGAUGUGUGUGUGUGUGUGUUUUGCUGUCUUCAAAGCUCUUCUUGUGAGCCAUGGUAUUGUUUUUUUUUUUUAGAAUGUGAAACUCCCCUCCGCCAAAUGUGUUGUGUGUGUGUGUGUGUGUCUUCUUAACCAGUUUCUCAUAUCCACAUGAACACACACACACAUACGCACUCAGUCUGGUUAGAAUGUAGCCUGCAAAUUCUAUUGAAGGAGUAGGAGUUUCUUGGGUAUGGUUAGCUUACUGUAUUCCUUACUCCAAUGGUCAAGUUCUUAAGUGUGAAGGGGCCAACCUCAUGUAUAUUUUAAUAAAAUUGUUCAGUAAUAUGUAAUGACAAUAAAAAAAAACAAUGUUCCACUUUUCAAACUGAA